AUGUAUUUUGCGUUGUUGCAUCUUGUGGCCCUUGGGGCCCUAUCGCAUGUCACUCUGGCAGUCUCUCUGGAAAGUCGCCAAGCGCAGCAGAAAGUCACCAUCGACCUGACGAAGAGAUACCAGACGAUCGACGGCUUCGGUUUCUCAGGCGCAUUCCAGCGCGCCAACCUCAUCGUCAAUCUGCAGCAGCCCAAACAGCGCGAGGUUCUCGAUCUACUCUUCAACACGACCACCGGCGCUGGCUUCUCAAUCGUGCGCAAUGGUAUUGGCUCGACACCCAAUAGCAACAGCGAUUUCAUGAACACGAUCCUUCCCAGAUGCCCAAGCACACCAGCGGAAGUUACUACGAACUAUAGCGGCCAGAGAGCACAAGAGUAUGGUGUAAAUACCUUCUACGCGAAUGCAUGGAGCGCGCCUGGAUGCAUGAAGACAAACAACCAAGACACCAACGGCGGCCAGCUCUGUGGUGUCUCUAAUACCAAUUGUCGCUCUGGAGACUGGAAACAAGCCUACGCGAACUACCUCGUCGCAUACAUCAACUUCUACGCAUCAGCCGGCGUCAAAGUAACACACCUCGGCUUCCUCAACGAGCCCGACUUAUCCACCUCAUACGCCUCAAUGCAAUCAUCUGGUACCCAAGCCGCCGAGUUCAUCAAAGUCCUUCGCCCCACACUCGACCGUGCGAACCUGACUUCCGUGGGCAUAAACUGCUGCGAAGCCACAGGCUGGAACGUCGCAACCCAACACGCACAGCAAAUCGCCUCUGCCGGCGCCGAAAGCCUCGUCUACGCCAUCACAUCUCACGAGUACACUUCGCGCAUCAGCGGCACCAUGCGCACUGCCGCUCGCGUCUGGCAAACCGAGUACUCAGACCUGAGCGGCGGUUGGAGCACAGCCUGGUAUUCCAACGGCGGCGCCGGCGACGGCUUCACCUGGGCGAACACCGUCUUCAACGGUGUCGUAAACUCCAAUCUGUCCGCGUACAUCUUCUGGGAGGGUGUCCAGGACCGCGCUACGAAUAAUAAUAACAACGAGAAGCUUAUCUUGGUUGAUGGCCAGAACUACCAGGUUAGCAAGCGGCUUUGGGCUUUCGCGCAGUUUCGCGUCGUUAGGCCGGGUGCUGUGAGGGUGGGGGCGAGUGGUGGGGCGAAUGUCAAGGCUGGUGCUUUUGUUAAUGGGGAUGGGAGUGUUGCGGUUGUGGUUAUUAAUUCUGCGGCGGGUGCGCAGAGUGUGGGUGUUGCGUUGGCUGGGUAUCCGGAUGUGAGGGCGUGGUACACCGAUAAUACUCACGAUAUGAGUGUUGCGACUGUAACCGUGGGAAGUGACGGGACUGCGAGUGCAAGUGUGCCUGGUAGAGCGAUGAUCAGUUUUCUGUUCAAGAAGGCUGCGAAUGCGACGAUGUCGUAA